UCCAAUAUGGUGGACGUUCGAAGUCAAACUUCGUCUUUAUAAAAAGAGUCAUUUCAGAGUAUUUUAACUGAUAUAAUUGAUUAUGUCGCACACAAAACUACCCCCACUACCGCCAUCAUUGUCCAAUCACAGUGCUACCAAGUCACCCAGGCAAUAUAAUGGCUUAAACGGCCCAAGCUACUCUUUAACUUCAGCAAAUGGAGCAGAAAAGUAUACCCUCCCCCCGUCAGGUGUUUUACAACCACAUGUAGACACAAGAGCUGGCACCUUAGACAUUUGGCCAGCACAUGCUCUUGGUCCAAGCAAGCCUGAUCUUAAUCCUGGUGUAGUCAAACAGAGUAAUGAGUUUAUGCCAAAGGGAGUACAUAAACCAAAAUUCCUUGAGCAACUGGAAGCAUUUUUACAGAAAGAGCUGCGGUCUCUUGAUUGCACUGAAAUGGUUCCCAGUGAAAAGAGAUUACAAGCUUUUAGAGAAGUAUUUGAAUAUUUAAUAGAAGAUUUCAAGACGUACAAACCACUGCUGUCUGCCAUCAAACAUGAAUAUGAGAUGAUGCUUGUACACCAGAGAGAAAUAAUAAGAGAUUUAGAACCACUCAAGAGUAUGCUAGUAACAGUGUCAGAGCAAUGCGAAAAGAAGUUACUUGCCAUGAAACAAGAAGAAAAAUCAGAUAUGAUAAACAUGAAAAGAGAAAACCAAAGACUUCAAAAUAUCAUUGAAACUUUGAGAGAAGACAAAAUUUCACUUCAAGUGCAAGUACAAAAGCUUCAAGAGGAGCUGAGUGCAGAGUAUCUUCGCUACAGAAAUGAAUGUGACGCCAGAAAAAUGCUAAUUGCUGAUAUAAAUGAACUCAAAUAUCAGCAAGAAGACUCAAACAAGUCUAGUAUGGAGGAAGAUGGCGAAGGGAAAGAAGAUGUGACAUUUUUGAAACUUGCUCUGAAGAAGGCCAGGGAAGAUCUGGAAAUGAAAAACCAAAAACUUUCCAAAAUGGAGGCUGACUAUGGGGAUGUUGUACCAAGAAGAGAUUUUGAGAAACUAGAAGCCCUUCAUAAUAAAACAUUAGCUGAUGGAGAGAAAAUGGAUACAGAUAACAAGAAAUUGAUGCAAGAACAUAGUGCUUUACUUGAUGUGUACAAGAAAGUUGUAGAGCAAAGAGAUCAACUGUCACUUGAAUGUGACCAAAUGAGAAGAAGUGCUACACCAAGACCAAAGUGGGAGAAAUGUGGUCAGUAUGUAGAAGGAGGCAAUGAYCGCUGGAAUGAGUUAUCACAAGGMAGGACUAGUGAUGAGCUUGUUGAUGUUCUAUUGGCYGAAAUGACAGGUCAAGACAUYGCUUUGAUCCAAUCAGGAGCCUCGUCUGGUGCUGAAUACUUUGAGGGACUGGGUACUGGUCCUGAAGUUCCCAGGUUUUUAAGGUAUGAAGGUCAAGUUCGCAAUCGUCGUCUUGGCAAAAGAGACACUUCACUCCUUAUCAAAGAUAUUUGGCAAGAAAAGGCUGCUCAUGAUGCUGAGAAAACUACAGGGGAACGGGAAGAGUUAGGAGAAUUUCUCUACAUAUACCUCCAACGAAGGUUUGGUGUGGAGAAUAUGAUCUUUGAAUGGGGCUAUAACUUGUAUGAUGCUUGUAAUAGAUACAGCCACGACUCCAGAAUUGGGCUGUUUUAUGGCAUUCUACAGAAAGAGGUCGAUGAGGUGGUCUAUCAUGAUCAACUAGUAAUGCUGGAAAAACUUUACAAUACACUGACAAAAGUCGAUCUUUCUUCUGGGAACCAGGGUUCUAUAUCACGAGCAGACCUGGAGCAAAGUCUAAGAACRUUUUUCCCUCUGAAAGACAAUGAUUCUAUGGAAGGUUUGAUCAAAGCAGCUGAACAAGAAUCACCUGGUGACACAAUACAGUAUAAAAACCUUUUCACUGAGGAUGAAGAAGGGCGUGCAGGGCCAUUUGUGGACAAAGUGCGCGAGCAAGAUAAACUAGAACAGUCUAUAUACAUCAAGGACAUUGCUACAGCUCUUGGAACUGUCAGUGAGGUAACUGUUGAAGAUGCCCGUAAUGCAAUCCAGUCUAUUGAUCCAGAAAUCACACCAGAUACCCUUGACAAGUACAUCAAACGAGGAUUCACUACAACUGAACCAACAGCAAGAAUUGAGACAACACUGCUAAUGAAAAGACUUCAAAGUGGAAGCAUCAAAAGAAUAGGAAAAAAGCCGUAAACUAAAAUAAUCACAUUAAUGUACAUACUGUAAUUACAUUUGUACAACUAUUUUAUCAAUUAAAAAAUCAUUAAAACGCUAUUUGUCAACA